AUGCCGGCGCACACAGCCUCGACCAUUGUCACCGACGUUGUGUCCGGGUCGCAUGUGCUCACAGUCCGGGGAUAUUCCCAUACCAUUGGACACGGCACCGGCAAGUCCAUCAAAUCGUGCAGUUUCAGCGUCGGAGGAUAUACCUGGGGUAUGGCAUACUACCCUGAUGGUUUCAACUUUCAACAAAUCACGAACGACUGGAUAUCCAUUGGUCUAUUUCUCCGACACACCGAUGCAACCAACGCCAUCAAGGUAAGAUGCAACUUCAGUUUACUGGAUCAGCUCGGCAAACCAGUGCCAGAAUUCGCUAAACCAUACCGUACUCGCACAUGCGUUGCCCUAGGAGAGGGAACGGUGAAAACAACAUUCAUCACAAGGAGCGAGCUCGAGAAUUCGCCGUAUCUUAGAGACGACUGUUUUAGUGCCAGAUGUGAGGUCGACGUCACCAACAUCCGCACGGAGGACGCCACGGCGCCACCCUCUAGCAUGCCUGAGCAGCUUGGCCGCAUCCUCGAGACCGGCGAGGCCGCGGACGUGACCUUCGAGGUCGGCGGAGAGACGUUUGCGGCUCACUGGUGCGUGCUGGCCGCUAGGUCCUCGGUGUUCAUGGCACAGUUUCUUUCCGAUGCUGCAACGAGCGUGUCGAUCAGCGACAUGGAGCCAAGGGUUUUCAAGGCUAUGCUCCACUUUAUCUACACCGACUCGUCGCCCACCAUUGAUGAUGACGAUGACGAAACAAUUGGGAUGUUGUUCGCCGCGGCAGAGAGGUACAACCUCGACAAGCUCAAGAUGAUAUGCGAGAGCAUAUUGUGCAAUAGCAUUAGCACAAGCACGGCGGCAGCUGCAUUGGCAUUUGCUGAGCAGCAUGGCUGUCUCGCCCUUAAGAAGGCUUGCUUCCAGUUCCUCGCGUCUCUCCAAAACCUCAUGGCGAUCGUAGGGAGUGAUGCCUUUGAGAAUCUCAAGUCCACUCAGCCAAAUAUUCUAGAAGACCUAGUCGCCAAUGUCGAUGGUACUCCACCGGAUAUGCUUAGCUCUUCCGAGCCUACCUUUGCCACACCAAAGCACACAUCAUCGACCAUUGUCGCCGAGGCUGAAUCCGGAUCGUACGUGCUCACAGUCCAGGGAUAUUCAAAUACCGUUGGGCUUGGCGUUUGGCAGGGCAUUCCAUCCGGCAUAUUCAGCGUUGGAGGGCAUACCUGGAAAAUCAUAUACUACCCUGAUGGCCACGAUUCAUUUUCCGAUGAUUGCAUAUCUAUUUAUCUACUUCUUCAGAACACCGAUGCUACCAACGUCGAGGGAGGAAUUGGAGAACUCGGGGAAGACGACUGUUUCCGUAUAAGAUGCGAUGUCACUGUCGCCAAGGGGAUCCGCGUGCAGCCCACAACACAGCUCGUCACACUGCCACCUCCUGACAUGCUUCAUCAGUUCAGUCGUAUGCUGGAAACCGGUGUGGGGGCGGACAUAACUUUCAAGGUCGGUGGAGAGAUGGUUGCCGCGCAUAGCCGCUUGCUCGCCGAUCGCUCGUCGGUGUUCAUGGCACAGCUGUUUGGUCCGGCCAAGGAGAAUGAUGCAACGCUUAUACAGAUCAAGGACAUGGAAGCCAAAGUAUUCAAGAUGAUGCUCCACUUCAUCUACACUGACACGUUGCCUAGUAUCGAUGACGGUGUCAUCAUGGAGAUGGCUCAGCAUUUGUUUGUGGUGGCGGGAAGUGACAAGGCUAUGGAUUUGUACCGGAAGAACUCGGACGGGCAUAAGUCAUUCGCGCUGAUGUAUUGCUAUAGCAAGCUCAAAAAGAACCCCAAAUGGCAGUUGACGGACGUUUUGUUGUCGAAGGGGAAAGACGCCAUUGAUCUGGAUGCGCCGCUGGCAACAUCGGCAGGGCGUCCUAUCGGCAACAAGGCUGCCAAGGCCACCUUGGCCAACGCUGCGUCGUCCGAGAAGAUGCAGGCGUCGAUCACGCAGUGCGUCCUCGACCUUGCUCUCCCGCCACAAACAGCGGCGGCCGAGGUGGCGUCCGAGGCAGCGGCGGCCCAGGCAGAGGCAGCGGCAGCAACCCCACCCCUGGAGCAAGAAGAAGUCUCAACCAUGUCUGCAUAG